AUGUCAAAGAACGAAAAUUAUGGUCAUGGUCAACUACCGCAAUCAGGCGUACAAGACGGGGCGCCGAUUGCGGAACCAGCAUUUGUGCAGAAUCAGAUAUACGAACCACAAUUUCAGCCAGCUGGCAAUAUGAAUACGAUACAGCAACAGCAACAACAGCAACAACAACCAUUUCCACCACUGCUUUAUCCACAAUACAUACAACAAUUGCAGCCGCAACAUACAUUGCCACCACAGUUGCAGCAACAACUACAAGCGCAGCAAUCGCAAAUGCAACAACGAUAUACUUCUGGGUUACCACAUCCACAUUCACCAGUGAUGCCACACCAGCAAUUAGCAUCUUAUCAGCUUAUACUGCUGUCGCAAAUACCAUUUGCUGCAAUGGAACAGCAGCAGCAGCAGCAGCAGCAGCAGCAACAACAACGGCAACAGUCAGUGGGACAGGACACCUUAGUGCAAGACGCAAUGACCACAUCUACAAAUGCAUCUACUUCAAGUGUAAAUACCAAUGUUGAUUCUGUGGGUCAACAAUUACAACCUCCAUUUCAAUCACACUUGCAUCCCAAUGAAACAUUGAAUCAAAUUGAUCCAGCCAGUACUGGGUCUGUGCCAGUACAACAACAACAACAACAACAACAACAGUAUCUGGUUCUGGGUAGUAGUCAGGAAGCUUCGUCUUCAUCAAUACCAACAUCAACAGCACACACAGAUCACAGUAGACAAACUGCUAAUUAUACCACAACUGAGCCUACGUCAGUAUCGUCGACAUCAAACCCAAACUUAUCAUCCACUACUGCUUCACAUCGACCGCCACAAUCAAUAGAUAAUAUGUACAUUCAAUCGCAACCAAUUUCUUUACAUCAUGAUGAGAGCCAACACUUGCUGCAAGUUUCGUCUCAUUCAUUACCAAUACAGCCUCCAGCUCAAUUUCAAAUAUUACAUCUGCAACUGCUGCCACUGUUGACACAAUACCCACAACAAGCACAACCGAUAUACACUCGCCCUCCAUUACCAUACCAAUCGGCAACCGUAGGGUCAUUUGCACCCACAAGCUUACCAACUUUGAAACCUCACCAUCAGUACCACCCACACCAACUACAACAGCCCAUGGAUGUGGCAAAGUACCCCGACAUGACAUCAUUUGUCAAUUCAAACAUCAACUCCAUCCCCAUCCCAUUAGUCGAAGCACGAUUUGUUGAUCAUCGUGUAUGUGAAAUUUGCGGCAAGAGAAUAACUAGAGAUAUGUCACGUCACAUGCGUACGCAUCAAUCUGAAUCUCGAUUCACUUGUGAGUUCCCCAAGCAACAAUGUCGUCAUAAACUGGGUAAAUUCAAUCGUCCUUAUGAUUACAAGAAACAUUUACUCAAUCGACAUUAUAACUUCGAUGAUCCCGAAGUGAAGAAAUUGCAUAAUUUGAGUGAUAAAUUGCCUCAUUGGGGAACAUGUCCUUGUGGGUUACGAUUUACCGGAGAGGAUUGGUUGGAGGAGCAUAUUCUUACAUCUGAUUUAACCAAGAGAUGUCCCAUACUUGAUCCAAGAUAG